CCCAUCAACUGAGUUAGAAUUUUGAUUCAUGGAUAGGGAAGGGGUCACACUCACACUCGCCGGUUUUAUUGAUUCUUGCCCUUUUUUUUCCCGGAAGUCAUAUCGAAGAACAAAAACCACGCGUUUACUGGAAGCCGGUCAAUCAAAUAGGCCCCAUCCCCCAUGACGCGAUCUGUUUCAGCGAGAAUAAGAUGAUAUUCUCUGAGGAUUCUGUCCUUCUUCCUCGCACGUAUAUGAUCGCCAGAUCAGAAUGUCCAGGUGGAUGGGAUUUUGUAAAAAGCACGAAGACCUUGGCAAGAUACGUGAUUGAUUUAGGUCAUCAGGAAUACAAGGAUCCUAAUACUUUUGAGAUCUUGUGUGGCGAGCGCGACGCGGUCCAAUGGGUCAGGUUUUCCUCAAGGGAAGGUGCCACAGAGGGAGACGCAAUUCAUGCACGAGCUUGGCGCCCAGUGGAGCUCGGUCGGGACUCGGAUGGAAGAUUGUGGUUUAUCGGAUUAGCUCCAAAACCAGACAUACUAGUACCUGGACGACCGCUGCCUUGCAAGAUCCAAGAUGGGACUAACUGUGCAAUAUUCUUCGAUGAUGAUUCCAAGGACAAGAAGACUAGAAAUUUUCAAAUGCUAGUACACAAGAACUUAUCAACUUGAUGAUUCCUUGCAACAAGAUUCUUCAAGUGUGAAGACGAUUUCCUUUUGUUUUUCUUGUAGUCGCUGCAGUGCAGGUCGCAUCGAUUCAAGCCACGUACCACCUCUGGUCUAGUCUUGAGGAUUCUAC